AAGGAGGACGGGGGACUGUCCGGGGAAAGGCCCCGGCUGGAUCCCGCGGCCGCCGGUUCCCGGAAGAGGGCGGGGCCGCCUGGCGCCCCUGGACGUCAACCCCCGAGCGCGGCCCGCGCGCCGCCCGAGGCCCCGCAGCCGAGUGCCGAGUGGUCGAUCGCCGUGACUCCCGCAACUUGCGCUCCCCUCGCGGUGGCUCCAUCCGCUGUCGUAGGCCCCUAAUCCGCUAUGGAGAGUGCUUUCACCCCGCUGGAGCCCCUGCUUCCCACGGCGAAUAUGAAGUACUGCCUUGUGAUUCUUAAUCAGCCUCUGGACAAAUGUUUUCGUCAUCUUUGGAACAAAGAAUCUUUUCGAGUACCAGCAGUGGCACUAGCUGAAUGUGAAAUCAUUCAAGAAGCUGUUUUGAGAGCCUGUGCCGACGGAGGUGCCAACCGCUUAUUCGAUCUCACUGAAGGAGAGAGAGAAAGCUUUUUGCCUGAAUUCAUCAAUGGAGACUUUGAUUCUAUUAGGCCCGAAGUCAAAGAGUACUACGGUAUUAAGGGAUGUGAUCUUAUUUCAACCCCUGAUCAAGACCACACUGACUUUACCAAGUGCCUUAAAGUGCUCCAAAAGAAGAUAGAAGAAAAAGACCUUCAGGUUGACAUGAUUGUGAUACUGGGAGGUCUUGCUGGGCGUUUUGACCAGAUUAUGGCAUCUGUGAAUACCCUGUUUCAAGCACGACACAUCACUCCUUUGCCAAUUAUAAUGAUCCAAGAGGAAUCUCUCAUCUAUCUGCUACAACCAGGAAAGCACAAAUUGUACGUAGACACUGGCAUGGAAGGUGAUUGGUGUGGCCUUAUUCCUGUUGGACAGCCUUGCAAUCAGGUUACGACAACAGGCCUGAAGUGGAACCUCAGUGGGGGUGCUGCCCUUGGCUUCUGCCUAGGACCCGGGCAUGCUCCUGUCUUCUUGAGAGCAAAUGAUGUGCUUGGUUUUGGAACACUAGUCAGCACUUCCAACACCUACGAUGGGUCUGGUGUGGUGACAGUGGAAACUGAUCGUCCGCUCCUCUGGACCAUGGCCAUCAAACACUGACCCACUGACAGGCACCCACAGGUAGUUCUGUAUGCAAUUGGUGAAGAGAAGAAUGAUGGAAAAGAUAAAUGGUUGCUCAUGAAGCCCUACUGAUACGACUUCCAAACUCAAAAGCAAGCACCCGAGCUCCAGUUGGGUGACAUUCCUCAUCAUUACAACCUUGAUGGAAAAAGCUGUGCAGAGGAAACUUAAACAUAAAAGUUUAAUUGUUGUGGACAUAACUCAGACUGAGAAAAAUAUUGUUUCCUAGACCACAAGUUUAUUUACGUUAUCAGAAAAUGAGUCUGUCUGUGGGGAUAAAUGAACAUCAUAUACUAUGAAGCCUACGUCUGAAGACUGUGUUCUCGUCCUGGUCUGCCAUCUGCCUAAGUUCCCUGGAUCCCUUUUCUUAGCUGUCAGAUGGAAGGAGUUGGAUUGAUUGUAUCCGAGGUUCCUUCCACACUCUGAUUCUAACACUGACACUUAGUGGUUGUAAGGCAGACACACACACAGUUACUGACUUAGCCAGGUUAAACAACCUGAAGUGUUCAAAUGUAUUCAUGUUUCUUUUGUAACAUGUUUCUCUUCUAUUAUCCUCCUACUCUUGUAUAUCUCAUUUAUUAAAUCAAAUGUUGCCAUACAAACCAUGAUUAAAGGAACCUGCCCAACAUGUUUUAUGUAUACAGCACCCUGUGUUGCUGUAAGGAAAGUGAACAGCGACUGUUCUUCUUGGUGCUACAACAGUGUGGGGCUCAGAUUGUAAGUAGAGCAUGAAAAAGGGACCAGCUGAACUAGCAUGCAAUUAUGAACAGUUAAUCAUUAGAAAUAAUUAUUUUAUGCAAAUAUAUGUAAAAUUGCAA